AUGUCUGAUUGGGAAUCUGAAGAAGAGUUUGAUGAAGUAAAAAAUAAGGAAUUGUUGGAUAAUUUUUUUAAAAAUGAUGAUUCAAAAGAAAAGAAAAAAAGUUUCACACUUAAAAAAGCAGUAGAGGAAAAGGUGAAUAUUGCUGAUAUGCUAACUGCUUUAAAAGGAAAAAAAGGUUUAGAUGUUGUGAAAAAAAAUUUUGGUAUUCAUACAUCAACAGAUUUUAAAAAAAUACAAGAUAAAUGUACUACUAAUGAAGAAAAUCGAGGAAAAGGAUUAAAAUCAAAAACUUUAAUAGCUCCAAUGCAUAAACAUGCGCAAGAUAAGAUUCAAGCACAAGUUGCUUACAAAGAUAUUAAAGCGGAAUUAGCAGAAUGGAAUCAAGUGGUUUCUUCCAAUAGAGUGGCAGACCAACUUAAUUUUCCUUUAAAUCAAGAAAAAUUACAUAAUUUAGGGAAUACUGAAAGAUUAGCAGGUAAAAUUGCCAGAACAUCACUAGAAAAAAAGAUGGAACAAGUUGUUAAUGGAAGUAAAAAUACUCUUGAUAAUGAUCGACCAUAUACUGAAGCAGAGGAAGAAUUAUUAAAAGCUAUGGAUUUAAAAGAAGCUGAAGAAAAAAUUAGAAAACUUCAAAGAGAAAGAAAGUUGAUGAGUUUUAGAGCAGCUAAAAAUAAGUAUAAAGCAAAAAUUAAGUCUAAAACAUAUCACAGAAUUCAAAAACGUUCAAAGAGAAGGCGAUUAGUCAAAGAGUUUGAAGAAUUGGUGACAAAAGACCCUGAAGCAGCCAGAGAAAAAUUAGCUGAAAUUGAGAAGGAUCGUUUAUUAGAGCGAGCUACUUUACGUCAUCGAACUACUGGAAAAUGGAAUAAAAAUCUUAUAAAGUAUGCUGCUAGAAAUGAUGGUGUUCGUAAAAUACUUCAAGAACAUAUUAGAUUUGGCAAAGAAUUAAAAGCUAAACUUUUAGGUAUUGAUGAAGAUGAAUUAUCAGAUAGUGAAGAGGAAGAAGAAGUUGAUGAAGAGAAGGAAAAGAAAGAUUACCAAACAUUUAUGAGUAUGAUUGCAGAGGAAGCUGCUAAAGAGGCAAAUAAAGAUGAUAAGAAGAAUGAAACUAUUGUUUCUGCAUUGUUAGAUGGUGAGAAGAAUCCUUGGCUUAAAAGUGGUUUAUUAAAAUUAAGACAAACAAUGAAAGCUAAAGAAGAAGAAAAACGAGGUUUUGUAACAAAAGUUUCCGAUAAAAAGAAAAAAGAAAUUGUUAAGGAAAUGGAUCUUGAUGAAGGAUGGACUAUUGUUGGUCCAAAAGAUGAAGAAUAUGUUGUUAGUAAAGAAGAUGUUAAUGAUGACGAAGAUGAAGAAGGAGAAGAAGAUAUGGAAAACGAUAAUAGUGAAAUAGAUGAUGAUGAUGAAGAAGAAGAUGAAGAAAAUAAUGUAAAAAAGAUAUCAGAAAAGACGAUUGAUGAAAUAUUUGAUGAAUACUUUGAUAGUCUUAUUGCCACAACAAAAUUAGAAGAAGAAGCAGAGGAAGCUUUAGAUAAGGUAGAUGAUAAAAAUGAAGGUGAUGUAGAUGAAGUUAUUAAUGUUCAAGCAUCUUCGUUAAAAAGAAAAGCACUUCCAUCUGAUGACAAUAGCAAUAAAAAAUUAAAAUCAACUAUUGACAUUUCGUUAGAUCCUAGUAAAUACUUAAAUUUAGUUACAAAUCAUAUUGAAGCUAUUGAUGAUAAAAUUAAUGAACAUUUAGUAGAUGACGAUCGUAUUCAUUCAUUAAAUCAAACAAAUUUAAUUGCUGAAGCAUUUGAAGAUGAUGAUGUAAUUUCAGAGUUUGAAAAACACAAAGCAAAGAUAGAAGAUGAUGAAAAGGAAAAGGAUAUUGACCUUACUCUUCAUGGAUGGGGAUCGUGGACUGGAGCUGGGUUAAAAACAAAAUCAAAGAAAGAAUUUAUUGUUAAAGCUCCAGAGAAAAUUCGUAAAGAUUGUAAAAAACAUGGAGUUAUUAUAAGACAAAAUGUAGAUUCAAGUAUUGAAAAAUACCAACCAGAUGAUGUGCCUUUCCCUUAUACUUCAGCCAAAGUUUAUGAAGCAGUUAUAAGGCAACCAAUUGGUAUGGAUUGGAAUCCAGUUUCUGUCAACAAAGAAUUAAUAGCACCAAAUGUUCGUACAAGAUUAGGAAAAAUUAUUAGACCAAUAUCCAAAGAUUUGGUUAAAAAAGUUGUAACAAAAGACUAA